UUCACAGUCGCUCUGCUGGAGCACCAUGGCACACGCUUGGUCCACCUAGGAAUUGGCUUGAGCUGGCUAGCGUUUCGAGCUGGUGGGACUCUCCUCAGGAGAAAUUUUAUGCAAAGCAGAGUGGAAUCCGCUUGUAGGUCGAGCUUCAGUGGCUCUACUGCCGAAAUUCAGAAUGUCGCGGGCACGCUAGCAGUAGACAAUAGAGCAUGCUCCGUUACGAACCUAGUCAUACGCGUUACAGAACCCCUCAGUCCUACUAGUUGUGUCACCACUCUUGUCAGGCCUCAUCUCUCCGUGUCAUGAGCUAGGUUAUCGAGACGCGUCACUGAACUUUCACUUCUACGCCAUGACCAAAACUCAACCCUCUCCACGCUUCCGUCAGGCCGUGAGCAGCAACCCCACCGCGUCAGCUUUGUCAGGGCCAACUCUAACGGAGCCUCUAUUAUCGGGGACGCGGACACUCACCCCCCAGCACGAUGCCUCGCUGCGCACAUUUAACGACGUCGCUUACGUUGAAGACACCACGCAAUGGCCCUCAGACACCACCAACGGGAUUCCAUCCAAGCCGCGAUCUCCCACCACAUCCAGCAGCGGCAGCGGCGGUCACGGCGGAUCUCACGGCGGGAUUCACGGCGCGGGAGGCGGCGGCAGCCAGCGGCUCUCCUCCGCGACGAAAACGUUGGGGAAUCUAAUAGUCUCUAUCGUGGGUGCGGGUGUGCUGGGCCUGCCGUACGCGUUUAAGCAAAGCGGCUGGCUCUUUGCAUUAAUCUGUCUCGCCGCCAUGGCGUGUGUGUCAUACUACGGCAUGGUGCUGCUCGUUGCCGCGCGGCAAUUCGUAGAAGACGACGCUAACGACGCCGUUUCUGCCGCGGCAACAGCUUCAGCAGCAGGAACAGCAGCAGGAGCAGCGGCAGUAGCAGGAGCAGAAACGACCGCAGCAGCAGGAGCUUCAGGCCAGACUGUGGAGUUUGGCGAAGCUGUUUCGCGUUGGGACGUUGAAAGCGGGCGCGCCAGCAGCAGUAACGGUAAAUCCCAACGCAGCGACAGCGGUGGCUCAGGCAGGAGCCAUGGCCGAGACGGCGCAGGCAGACAGACGGAAACGGGAAGCGGCGGGAGCAACGCUGUGGGGAGAUCCGGGGACUUGGGGAACGCUGGAGUCGACAAGAAAGGGGGAGCGGGGAGGGAGGGAGCGGGAAGCAGAGCAGGGGAGGGGCAUGUGGUGAAGGUGAAUUCGUACGGGGACCUGGGGUUCAGGCUGUACGGGGUGUGGGGGCGAGUGGCUGUGGAUGCGAUGAUGCUGGUGAGCCAGGGCGGCUUCUGCGUGGCGUACCUCAUCUUCAUAGGCCAGAACGUGUCGAGCGUGCUCACGCACUCCACCAAGCACAAGGCUCUUGUGAUUGCUGCUGUGGCUCCGUUGGAGGUUCUGUUAUCCUGGAUGCGAUCUCUCACACGCCUUGCUCCCUUCAGCAUAUUCGCGGACGUGGCAAACGUGUCUGCCUUUGCGCUGGUCAUUUUCUACGGCAUUCGCUCCUUCCACGGCUUCUCCCACCUCUCAGCUUUCACAGGCCUCUCCAACGCGCCCAUGGCACUAGGCGUGGCCGUAUACGCCUUCGAGGGGGUCGGCAUGACACUGCCCGUGCAAGCCUCCAUGAAGCAACCCAGAAAAUUCCCCUCCGUUCUCGCGCUAGGUCUCGCUAUCAUCGCAGUGACUUAUGCGGCUGUAGGCACAGCGGGGUAUUUAGGGUAUGGGGAGGAGACUCAGGAGAUAAUCACGCUGAAUCUGCCACCGGGUUGGCCGUCGGAAGCAGUGAAGCUGGGUAUCUGCGCGGCUCUCUUCUUCACCUUUCCGGUCAUGAUGCAUCCAGUGCACGAGAUUUACGAGCGCCGGCUCUACCUCUCCCCCUGGGUGCAACGCCACAUUCUCACGAACAACUCUCUGCGCCGCACGCUCUUCCGCUCGCUCCGCUCCCUGGCUGUUCUCACAGUGGCGGCGGUGGCAGUGGGUGUGCCGCACUUUUCGGCUUUCAUCUCCCUUAUAGGCUGCAGCGUGUGCUCUGCAUUAGCCUUUGUCCUCCCUGCACUGUUCCAUCUAAAGGCCUGUAAGGGCCGGACGAGCGAGAUAGUGGUGGUGGGGAAUUGGUUCUUGGUGGUGUUUGGAGUGGCUUUUGGAUGCUGGGGAACGAUAGAUGCUGUCAGGAGAUUUCAGCCAGGAUCGGAAUGACGUGGCCUAAGAAGGUCGUACCAGAACGUGGAGGUGGAGGGGGGUUUGUUGGGAUGAGAAGAAGUGGGAGGUUGAGUGGGAUGGAGAGAGGAAAGGUAGCAAAUGUUUCGGGUUUAGAAGAGGAGUUAGCCGAAUGGUUGGAUCAGCAUCUCGGCUCAAUCAACAGUAUUUCUUGUUGCUCUAUACAAGUACGAAAUGGUUAUAUAAUUUCUGAGU